AUGGCGGACAACAGUGUCUGCGGCUAUAAUCCCUCGAUCGCGCCAGCAGCCAUCUUCCUGAUCAUCUUCAUCAUCGCCACCCUGUUGCACGUCCAGAUAAUCGGACACCUCGCCCGAAUCGCCGGGCACAACCACGAAGACUCAAUCCCGAUCUACUCGAUCCAGAACCUCUUCAUCCUCCUUGCGCCUGCUCUCUACGCCGCGUCCAUCUACAUGGUUCUCGGACGGCUGAUCACCUCGCUCCGAGCGCAGCAUCUAAGCAUCAUCCGGCUCAAUUGGAUGACCGAGAUCUUCGUCGCGGGCGAUGUCCUCUCCUUCCUCGCACAAUGCGCUGGCGGUGGUCUGAUGGCGAGUGGGAGCAGCUCGACCGGUACCAACAUUACGAUCUGCGGCUUGAUCGUCCAGCUCCUUUUCUUCGGGUUUUUUCUCGUCGCCUCCAUCGUCUUCCAUAAACGAGCCCUGGGAAACAGAGCGGGUACUGGGCAUGCCGGUCUAGUUCCGGAUUCGCGACCCUGGGACUGGAGGACACUGCUCAAGGCUGUUUACGUCGUCUCGCUUCUGAAAUUGGUUCGGUCGGCUUUCCGGCUCGUUGAGUUUGUAGAUGGGUAUGGAGGGUAUAUUAUGACCCACGGGGCAUUUCUUUACGUCUUUGAUGCGUUGCUUAUGGCUUUGGCGAUGUUGGUCUUGGUUAGGUAUCAUCCUGCGUUCAUUUUGAGGCGAGCUGGGAAGGAUGACUGGGUUCCGAUCUGA